AUGACUUUCCGCGGGCUUUAUGGGGGCCGGCUCAACUCCACGCAGUUCGCCAUGGCCCCCCUCAACGCCGCCGGCUGGAGCCGGGCGAAAGGCAACGGCAGCGGGACGUUCGCGGAGCAAUGCGCCUCCGUGUCGGUGGCUUUCCCCUUGACCAUGAUGAUCACGGGCAUGGUGGGCAACGGACUGGCCAUGCUGCUAGCCUACCGAGCUUACCAGAAGAAGGAGAACCAGCGGAAGAGGCCGUUCUUGCUGUGCAUUGGUUCCCUGGCCCUGACGGACCUCACCGGGCAGCUGCUGACCAGCCCCGUGGUCAUCACAGUGUACUUGGCCAAUCGGAAAUGGCGAGAAGUGGACCCUUCCCAGCGCCUGUGUGCCUUUUUUGGCUUGGCCAUGACCGUUUUUGGUCUUUGCCCUCUCUUCAUCGCAAGCGCCAUGGCAGUGGAAAGGGCCCUGGCUAUCCAGGCCCCCCAUUGGUACACCGGCCACAUGAAGACCAGGUUGACCAGGACUGUUCUACUUUGUGUGUG